UGUCUAGGCAGUGCGUGGAAAUACCGAUCGCAGGCCUUGGUCUCAGUUGUACGCAACGGAAGAUGUCGUGGAAGCAAGGUUUACAUAAGGCACGAAGCGAGUCACAUGACUUGGAUACUUCCAGCCGGGAAUAGCGCCCAGCCUGGAAGACUCCUGAUACAUAUAUAUGCCCACCUCUGAUAGGAGAUAUUGAAAAAGAACCUCAACACGCAGAUGUCUAGAAUGGCCUAUUGUCUGCAUUGACGGAGACUAUAGUCUCCCCUUUCACACUUCUAUGUGUCUGGAAUCUCGAGUCAAGGGGCUUGGAAGAUACUGGAGGAUCCAUCGGUUCAUACACCCGCAUCUAUAGUCGAUCCCUGAGGCGGCCGUUUGCCCAAUAUAUCAUCGUGAGGAUGGCAGAAGUCGACAUAUGAUAUCUGUUAAUAUAUUAAAGAACACUGCCGACGCCAUUCGAUAUUCCUCAUUAUUUUUUUUUUUUAUUUUGAACCGUGCUUGCCAGUGUUGGUACACAGGGGGUGAAUCGGUACUGGAAACCUCGACGCAGAGUUCCCAUCGGCUUUCUCAGCCAUAUUCUCAAAUUUUGCCAUGUUCGGAAUGGCUGGAAACUUGCUUACUGAGACCCACGACCGUGCGGAAUUAACCAAAACCACUCUUUGUGAAAAAGAUUCAUUGCAGGAGAUGCUAGAGAUUCAUCAUGGCAGCGAAUUCCACGCCCAUGCUUCAACCGUAAACGACACUAUCGCAGACGUCACCAUUAAAACCCUCCAGGCCGCAAAACCACAGAUACCAAGUCCUGAUAGUCAAUUACCCCAACAGCAAACCCAAUAUGAUGCGAGAAUUAAUUUAUUAUCGAAAGACUCACAACUUACCUCAUCUACAGAUUUUCUAGAGGAUAGUUCCCAAGGCUUAGAUCGUUCGUCACGGGAGCGAGAUUCCUUCACCGAUAGUCAUCAUGAAACACCGAAUGGUUCGAUGACCUCGGCGUCUCUCGUAUCUCCUUUGCCUCCUCCUAAAUCUGCCUCCCCCAGCACACAGAUGAACCCCGAUCUUACUCCAAAGAGUCAACCGGCAGAUUCGGGUUCAGAAUAUCGUAAAUAUAGACCCAGGUCGUCGAUACCCGCGCGACUUUCGGCAUCCACAUAUGCUCAACAAUGUAUUGCUGCGGCUCACGCCUCGCGACUCAAUCCGUACGCGUUGCACAAAGGCGAACAGGCCUUGCUGCAGGAUGACCUCUGUCAUCUCCACGUGACAGUGUAUCUCAAUAUUCGGAAUGGAAUCCUUCGACUGUGGACAAGAAAUCCAAUGGUCAGCGUUACAAGAGAAGAAGCACUUGGCUGUGCCAAGGACUAUCGAUGGAUGAAUCUAGCGUCUUUGGCGUACGACUGGCUUGUUCGUAAUGGGUAUAUCAACUUCGGGUGUAUCGAUAUUCCAAAAGCACCAAUGACCUCGAAAAGAGGCCGGCGGAAGGAUGGACCAAUAGUAGUUAUAAUAGGGGCAGGCAUGGCAGGCUUAGGUUGCGCUAGACAGUUACAGGGACUUUUUCAUCAAUUCCCGGAAAAUACCACUCCACCAAAAGUGAUUUUGUUGGAAGGUCGUAAGCGGAUAGGUGGACGAAUAUAUUCGCACCCUCUCAAAUCUCUACAAUCAGAUAAAUUAGCACCAGGCUUACGAUCUACUGCUGAAAUGGGAGCACAAAUUAUUGUGGGAUUCGACCAUGGAAACCCUCUGGAUCCAAUCAUUCGCGCCCAGCUGGCUCUCCGAUAUCAUCUAUUAAGAGAUAUCUCAACGAUUUACGACAUUGAUGGUACGCCCGUCGAUGAGCUUAGGGAUGCAAUGGCGGAGAAACUUUACAAUGAUAUUCUUGACCGCUCCGGGGCUUACCGUCAUAAGGCAGUGAUCGCUCCUGUAGCCGAAGGUGACAGGGAACUGAUCGAUUCGGGCCGUGACUCGUCUGCCGACGAUGGGCUCACCAUUAGACAAUAUGAAGAAGCGGCGGCCUCAGGGACAAUAGGAAUGCUGUUGCCCGCGAAGCGUGUUCGAAGGGGUGUUAGCCACAAAACUCCAAAUGUUAAAACCUCAGCCGGAGUUGCGCUCGCUGAUCUUGGCGCGACCAAUAACCAUUCAGCAGCCAUUGCAUGUCAAGCAAUGGGAUGGAAGUUGAGGAAUGGCGUUACUAGUCAUGAUUCCAUAUCCUUAGAUGCAAUUGCGAGAAAAUCCAAAACACAAUCACUAGGAACGGUUUUGGAUGAUGGAAUUAGGCAAUACCAAAGACUCCUACCGUUGACACCCCAGGAUAUGAGAUUGUUGAACUGGCAUUUUGCGAAUCUAGAAUAUGCUAAUGCUGCAAACGUUGGGAAGCUUAGCUUAUCCGGUUGGGAUCAGGAUAUGGGCAAUGAGUUUGAAGGCGAGCAUGCUCAGGUGGUGGGAGGCUACCAGCAAGUACCGCGCGGACUCUGGUCUUUCCCAGAUAAACUGGAUGUUCGAACCGGUAAGAUAGUGACGAAGAUAUCCUACGAUCCGCGAGGGGUGUCAAGCAAUAAAACUUUCGUCCAUUGCGAGGAUGGUGAAACUAUCCAGGCAGAUAAAAUCGUUUUCACUGCGCCUCUAGGUGUGCUCAAAAAGGGAUCUGUCCAAUUCGAGCCACCUCUGCCGGAAUGGAAGACAGGCCCCGUGAACAGACUUGGUUUUGGAACCAUGAACAAGGUUAUUCUCGUGUUUGAGAAAUCAUUUUGGGAUUCUGAGAGGGAUAUGUUCGGUCUUCUUCGGGAACCUACAAUCCAGAACAGCUUAUCUCAAUCAGACUACAGCCAAAACCGCGGCAGAUUUUACUUAUUCUGGAACUGUAUCAAAACUACAGGGCUACCAGUAUUGAUUGCGCUCAUGGCUGGUAACGCUGCUCACCAGGCCGAGAGGAUGACUGACUCUGAAAUUCUCAGCGAAGUUACAUCCCAACUUCGCAACAUUUUCAAACAUGUUGCCGUGCCAGAUCCCCUAGAAACCAUUGUCACACGCUGGGGUCAGGAUAAGUUUGCCAAUGGCAGUUACUCCUACGUUGGUACAGAUGCACUGCCUGGGGAUUAUGACCUUAUGGCCAAACCGAUCGGGAAUUUGCACUUCGCUGGUGAAGCUACCUGUGGCACUCAUCCGGCUACUGUGCAUGGAGCCUACCUCUCUGGGCUUCGUGCUGCGUCCGAAAUCCUCGAGUCCAUUAUUGGACCAAUCACUUUCCGCAAGCCUCUUGUUCCUACCAGAAGCAAAACAGCAAACGCAAUGUCUACCACAACGGUGAAUGGCACCACCUCUAAUGGUACUCAAUCCAACGGACGAAAACGAAAGGAACCACCACCAACCGGAAACCCGGCAAAAAAUGCCAUACACGCCGAGAAACCCACCGCUGCACCCCGCGCAAAUAACUCCUUCCCAUCAACAUCCUUCCUCCGCGAGGCCUACGAUAAAGCAAUGUGGGAAGCAAUAAUUGGCGAACUCGGCCCCGCCGAGCCACGGCCAGCAAAAAAACCUCUCAAUCCAUUCCUCCUCUACCAAAAGGACUACUGGCACAUCUGCAAAUCGAAAUGCGAUGACGCCCGACGCGCCAGCACAGGAAACGCCAAUGCCAAAGCGCCACGGGACGAGAUCCGCCAGGCCCUGGGCCAGAUGUGGCGUGAUGCCCCUGCGGACAUCCGGCAACCGUACCUUGACCAAAUCGCUGUACAUCGCCGUGAAAACGACGAGUCGCUGGAGAAAUGGAAGGAGAGGAUCAUUGAGUGGGAGCGGAAGACGUAUGAGGUUAAGGACCGGUGGUGUGCGGCGAAUCCGUUUGAUGCGUUCGAGAUCCAGGCUACGAAGAAGCAUUUGGAGAGCAUUGAGGGCCUGGAUCAGAAGGGGGGUUUUGGACUUGAGGUAGGGAGAAAAACUAGGAAGGUUGGCUGAGUGGCGUGGGAGCUUUCUAUUUCCUCUCUUUCGUGUUUCUUGUUGCAAAAAAUUACGGGCUAUUAUGUUAGCAUGCCAUGUUCCUUUUUCUAUAGGUACGGUAAUUUUUCAUUUUGCAUCACACUGGUCUUCUACUCUGAUUUUCAUUAGUUAGAGGCAUCCAGUCGGUAAGGUGUCCAUUUGGCAGUUCGUGGGAUGGGUGGAGUCUGGUUCUUCCGGUCAUUUCCCCUUCUUCUUCUUCUACUAAGGGAAUUUCUCAUUGAUGGACAUAUGUGGGAGGCACAGUGUUCCCAUUCGUUACAUGGCGCAUUACUUCUUAGUUUUCUUGCAUUUCUCCUAAAUCUUUUUUCUUUUUUCUUUUUUCUUUUUUUUCUCUUCUUUUUUCAUUGAUUCUGAUUCACAAUUGUACUGCAUGUAUAAUUACUGUGUUUGUACACCGUUUUAUGCUUUCCUUUUCCCCUUUCAUCACCCUUCCCGUCCGUCUCCAGAGAGGCAAAGAGGAUGAAAAACAAAAUAAUGAGAUGCCAAUUCUAUUAAAACGGAGGAAAUGUUAAUAAAAUGAGAGCCGACGAGUGAUACUCGUGCUAGCGGAAUCUAUUCAUCUAACCUUCUCACUAGGCAAA